UGCGUGCUCCAGGGACAGGACUCGCCGGGAAGUGCUGCUCAGCAAUAGUGUGGCACAGCCACAGCCAGGUUGCCUUAGUUGCAGUGUUGAUGGCGGGGGAAGCUUUUGUUGUCCAUAGUCCUCAAAUGGCAGCUGAGCAUAGUGCCAAAAUCUUGUGGAGAUUUUUCCGUGGAACAGCGAGGUCUCGGCUUUGACAGAUCCCCCCAGCGCUGUAGUUACUGGAUAAGAAACCUGAAUUAUUUGUGUGUGAAGACUGAGGAGGAGGAUGAAGCUCUGAUUGUGGACCCUGGAGACAGCGGGCUGUCCGCACAAAGCUGCGUGCCAGUGCAGCAGAACUCUGAAGCAAACAGUGCUGUUCACCACAUGAGUCAACUUGCCUAUGGAAGUGAAGGCUUGCCAGUGCUUGCUGAUCAGACAGCUUCACAAAUGGGCCACUCUGCAAUGAUGCAGAGAGGAAAUGGUCACAGCCCCGAGAAAAUGGAUUUUGUGUUUUUGCGUAAUAAAAGAAAGCGACUUUCUCCUGCUGUAGUGGAGCACAAUGUGAUGAGUACCAGGGAAGAAGAAUAUGAAGAUAGUGACAGUGUCAUUUAUGAGUAUGAACCAGACUAUGAAUGUGAAAGCAUUUUAUCUGAAGCUUCUUAUACUGGAUAUCAACAGAAUCCUCUUAUGGAGGUCCUCAGUUAUUGCCAGGCCAUGUAUGAUGCCAUUCAGAAGCUGGAUAAAAAAUUUGACCUGCUUCAUCGUAAGGUCUCGGAAAUGCAGCAUACUCGUAUAAAGCCAUUCUUGCUCAAACCUAAACCAGUUGGAUUUACAUACAGAAGUUCCAGUCAUUUGCCUUCAGGAAACAUAAGAGUACCAAAGCACAUGGAAAGAGAUUUAAGUCUUCAUCGUUCUUCAUCAGGCCAGGGAAGACAUAGCCCAGCUGUAAGGGUUGCUUUACCAAAUGGCCACGUUCAAGUCAAUUCCAAAGUAAAACAUGCCCCACAGAGUUUUCAGCUGGAAUCUCAGCAGCCUGUUGGAAGGCAGAGCCCACCACUCCCCACUAUAGUUUCUACACAUUCAUUACAUUCAUCAUACACAGCAACUAAUGGGAUGCCUGACCUUUCACCACAAUCAAAUCUUGCUCCCAGUAUUGUGGAAAGUACUGUCAACAUUGCAUCUUCACCCGUGGCAUCACCAUCGAUGCCAGCACCAUCUGAGCCCAGUCAGGAGAAUAAUGCUGUGGAGUUGAACUGCAAAAAUGCAUCUGAGGAUGUGAAUAUUAGUGAAGAAUUACCAUCUUCUUCAGUCUUCAUCAAUCCUAGCUUUGAGUUUGUUGGUGACCCAGCAAGAAAUGUGAAAGUUCCUGGAAACCAUUUGGUGAAGGCUCGGCAAAAGACCAAACCCAAGUACGCAGCGCGGCACUUGGUGCGCGUCUUGUUCCCCAAGAAGACUCUACUGUGCAGCGUUAUGGGAGCGAGUGCGCGGGGACGCAGGACACUGGAUCCAAACAAAGUUGCUGCAAUACGAGAAUUUCUUGCAACUAACUUUCCAACCUAUGAUUUGAGUGAGCGUGGAAAAGACUGGAAAACCUGUAUCACAAAUGUCAAUUCUAUGAUCCGCUCCUUACGCUCCGAAGCCAAAGCAAAGCAGAAAACUGAGGGGAAAGAAGAAGUGUCUGAUGCUCCUGAUACAUCUCAUUGUGUAGAUUUAAAUUAUAAUGAAGAUAGUGGAGACAAUUCGCAAAAUUCUCAGAAAAUGACUGGCUCCGCAAUUGACAUGUUGCAGAAUUCAGAAUUGGAUAAGUUUCCAGAAGCUUUUCAGACAUCUUUGGUCAGAAAACAACAGUCUUUGGAACCUAUGGAACCCCUUGGGAGCCCAUGGCGCAAUGUCCAGUUGCCUUUCUCGGUCAUUUACGUCGCCAAGGGGAAGACGCGGCCGGAGCUGUCAGCUCGCUUCCUGAUUCGUCACAUGUUCCCUGAGGAGGUGCUGGUGAAGAGCAACGUGUAUGGCAGCCUUGAUCGUGGCAUGAGCCCACUGGAUUCCAAUAAAAUUAAUGCUCUCAGAGACUUCCUUCAAGAGAAUUUUCCAUCCUUUGAUCUCAAUGAAAGUGGGUUUGAUUGGAAGGCGUGUGUGGCUGCCAUAAACAGCACAAUCCGCAGCCUCAGACACGAGCUCAAAAAGGCCACGACUGGAACACGCCACAGAGCCCCGAGUGCAGAGUCCCCCCGAGGAUCCCACAGCCGCAAAGCCGGCGGAAAGCAUCUCUCAGAUUGAAGCUCUCCAGCAGCUGCCUCAAAGCUUAAUUUUGCAGGUGUUUGUUAAUUC